CUCCCCGGCCCUCGCCGCUCUUCCGGCCUCUCGCUCCUCCGGCUGGAGGCCCCAGCUCGGCCCUCGGUGCAGCCCCCUCCUUCCCCCACCUCCAGGUUCUCUGCCUCUUGCAAUGGCCAGCCUGGUGUUGGGAGGGCAGAAGGAGACGGCGGUGGAGCGACUGAGCCAGGAGGAGAUCCUCGGGAGCACCCGGCAGGUGAGCCAGGGCCUGGAGGCCCUGCGCAAUGAACACCACACGGUGCUGGAGACCCUGGCCCACACCAUUCAGAACGUUAAGCAAGACGGCCAAGAAGCAGGCCUGAUGCACGAGAAGACCGGCCGCCUGCAGCGCUCCAUCGAGGACAUCGAACUUGGCCUGGGCGAGGCACAGGUGAUGCUGGCGCUGGCGAGCCACCUGGGUACAGUGGAGUCGGAGAAGCAAAAGCUGCGGGCACAAGUGCGGCGCCUGAUGCAGGAGAACGCAUGGCUGCGGGAAGAGCUGGCCAACACCCAGCAGAGGCUGCAGCUCAGCGAGCAGGCCGUAGCCCAGCUGGAGGAGGAGAAGAAGCACCUGGAGUUCAUGGGGCAGCUGCGGCAAUAUGAUGAGGAUGGGCCUGCUGAGGAAGAGAAGGAGGGAGACUCUACCCGCAACAGCCUCGACGAUUUGUUCCCCAAUGAGGAGGAGGAGGAGAAGUCGGGGCCCAACUCGUCCUAUAACAAGGGUGCGGCGGCCGCCCAGCAGGGAGGCUACGAGAUCCCAGCACGCCUGCGGACGCUGCAUAACCUGGUGAUCCAGUACGCGGCCCAGGGCCGCUACGAAGUGGCCGUGCCACUCUGCAAACAGGCGCUGGAGGAUUUGGAGCGCACUUCGGGCCACAGGCAUCCGGACGUCGCGACCAUGCUCAAUAUCCUGGCCCUUGUCUACCGGGACCAAAACAAGUACAAGGAAGCAGCUCAUCUGCUGAACGACGCCCUGAGCAUCCGGGAGAGCACGCUGGGCCGGGAUCAUCCCGCAGUGGCCGCCACUCUGAACAACUUGGCGGUGCUGUACGGCAAGAGAGGCAAGUACAAGGAGGCAGAACCUCUAUGCCAGCGGGCCCUGGAGAUCCGUGAGAAGGUUCUGGGCGCUCGCCACCCAGACGUGGCCAAGCAGCUCAACAACCUGGCGCUGCUGUGUCAGAACCAGGGUAACUACGAUGCCGUGGAGCGCUACUAUAGGCGAGCGCUGGCUAUCUAUGAGGAGCAGCUGGGACCUGACGACGUCAAUGUGGCCCGCACGAAGAACAACCUGGCAUCGUGCUACCUGAAACAGGGCAAGUUCAUGGAGGCCGAGGUCCUCUACAAGGAGAUCCUGACCCGGGCCCACGUCCAGGAGUUUGGACCCGUGAAUGAUGACCACAAACCCAUCUGGAUGCACGCGGAGGAGCGUGAGGAGAGGAGCAAGAGCCGAAUCCGGGACGGCACGCCUUAUGUGGAGUAUGGGGGCUGGUACAAGGCCUGCAGGGGCAGCAGUCCCACAGUGACCACCACCUUGCGGAACCUGGGAGCCCUGUAUCGGCGCCAGGGAAAGAUGGAGGCCGCAGAUACCCUGGAGGAGUGUGUCUUGCGCUCCCGGGAGCAGGGCACAGACCCCAUCAGCCAAACCAAAGUGGUAGAGCUGCUGGGGGACGCGGAGGGCCGGCGGCCUCCCGGAGACAGUACCACCGGGGGCAAUGUGAAGUACGCAGGCGGCGAGGACGGCAGUGUGGCUGUGGAGUGGUCAGGGGACAGCAGCGGGUCUCUUCAGCGGACCGUCUCCCUGGGGAAGAUCCGGGAGAUGCUGCGUCGGAGCAGCGAACUGCUCGUGAAGAGGCUGCAGGGGACUGAACCCCAACCCUCCAGCAGCAACAUGAAAAGGGCGGCAUCGUUAAACUACCUGAACCAUCCCAGUGGAAAGACUUUCCAGGACUCCCGGGGCUUCAGUGCCAGCACAACAAAUCUCUCAUCGAGCAGCUGAUAUUCAACCCUACUGGCUCUUCAGGUUCCAGACCACCAGAUCCCCCCGUCCGUGGCAGGAAGGGGCUGCCUGCCCUGGAGAAUGCUUCCAGCUGUGAAUGCCAGCCCAGUUGAUUGAGAAGCCCUCUGCCUGGCUCAACCUCCAGCCCCGAGCUCCGUGCUGCCCGACUACUCCUGUAGGUCUGGGCUUUCUCUAUGCAGGUCCUUCUAUUUCACUUUUCUUUAAUUAAUUAAUUAAUAAAAUGUAAAAUCCGA